AUGAAACCGCUCACCCCCCUAACACCCAAUGGCCAUUGCAAUAGCAACUGCAACAGCAACAGCAACAGCAAUAGCAACAGUCUACACCAUCACACCUACACAAAUCAGCACAUCCACUGCAACAAUUUGGCAAUUAAUCCAAAUUCGAUGCUGCAGGCGAGCGCCAAGCAAACGAAACAUGGUCCAGGACCACGCGAAGUGCUCACCAGUCUGGGAUUGCUCUGUUUGGUUUCGCUGCUGCUGGCGCUGCUAUCGCUGAUCUUCCUGUUGAAGAUCUCGCCGAACAGCCGCGAGGAUGCGCAGACUCGCAGCAUUAGCAGCGAGGACUUCAUCAUCGUCUACGAUGUGACUCUGGCGCUAUGCGCCUUAUCGCUAUCCCUGAAUCUCUGCUGUCUACUCGUCUGCGCCAUUCAGUUCCUGUUCGCUGUGAAGCUGCUGCGCUCGCCGAUGUUCGAUGGACGCGACAACAAAUACUUGGAGAAGUCGAGCGCGAGUAGAACGUGUGCGGUUAGCGGAUUCUUCAUCUCGAUACCCGUCUUCCUCACCGGCAUCAUACUGUACACGUUUAAUCAUUUUCAUUCAACACCCGCGAUUAUCACGAGCGUGCUGAUUGGCGUCGGUAUCGUGUUCUGCGGCGGCGCCAUGGUCCACAAUGUGUUCGUCUGGCAGAAGGAGAAGACCAUCAGCUAUCGCAGUCCACCGUUGCCGCUCAACAUGUCGCUGCUAUCAACCGCAACGCAUAUAAUGCCGUCAUCGCCGCCGCCGCCGCCGCUGCCACCUGUGCAAUAUCUAACCAGCGGCGGUUAUCAGGCGCACAGCCAGCCGCCGGCAAUGGUGUCAUCGUAUGGCCAACAGAAUCAUUCGAUGCUGUCACAUCAUCAUCCCACAUCGGUAACGCCCGUCUCGCCGAAUCAUUCGCAUGGCAGUUUCAAUCCGCUGCUAUGCACCGCCAGCAAUGGCAAUGGCAUCGGUGCACCGUUCCUUGUCCGUCCAGCGACGGCAACGCCGCCAACACCCAAACCCAUUGCCAUUGUGGCCAAUGGUAGCUGUCUGGUGGGUCGCGAGGCCACCGGAUCCGUCAGUCCGGGCAUACCGCCUACGCUGGACAUGAGCAACAUAACCAUAUCGCUGCACGAGCUAUCCACUCUGGUCUAG